AUGAGCAAAGGCAAGCGGCCGGCCAUCCCUGCUGCGUUACACCAUGAGGUCUCCGAAUAUGCCGCUCUCAUCCGUGCACUUAGAACAAGCCACACUCUCGACCUGUCUGAGCAGCUCGUGCGCGCGAGUGUGCCGACUGUGGACGAUCUGCUGUCGGACGACGAGCUAGACAACGAUGGGGACGACGGGGCUGACGACAACAGGUACCGGACGCCUGCGGUGGAGACAUCAAACGUCCCGGAUAAUGAAGGGUACGAAGGCGAUGCGAGUGCUGCGUCGCGGAUACGGACGCGCUCGGUGAGCGUGUCGGCGCUGCCCGAGACGCGGAAGAGGACGAGGACAGGCAAGAGCAGGGCGCGCGAUACGUGGACGCGAUGGCCGCUGCUCGCGGGAGACGUCCACGUCCCAGAGUGGGGACUUGAGGACGAGGUCGAGCUAAUGGCGUCGCGGGCCCUCAAGCGCGUGCCCCAGGCUCUUGCCCCCGCUGUAGUUGCUGGCGAAGACGACUCGAAACCGUUUCCCGGUGGCAUAGAAGGCGGGGUCGACGAGGACGUGGAGCUGGAGCCGGCCUCCCUGCACGCGCUCACGGACGACUCGGCGACGUACCUUGCGCGCAUCCUGGCCCUGCUCGCCGCGCACACGGGGUCGUACACUAAGCGCAUGCAAGACCGCCUGAGGCCGUUCGACUGGGAAGCCGUCUUGGCGAUCGUUGGCGCGAGCUCCCUCGUUGACCCCAAUGUCGUGCGGAAUGUCCAUCGGAGGCUGGAGGUGCUCUAUAAGCCGUCCCAGUCCCAUGUGGUUGAGCGCGUGCAGACGACGUCUUCGCUGCAACUGAGGCUGGCCAGUAUGUGUGAACGGCAUGAUGCGUCUCUUUUUACUCUCGCUGGAUACGAUCCACUUGCCGGGAUGCCCAAAAAACCGAAAAAACCAUACAAGAAGAGAAAGACCUCAGCGGUGAAGGAAGAGGUUGUGUAA